AACAAGAGAUAUCAAAGUCUGAUCAGAGCAGAUAUAUUCACGAUAAAUAGUGUUAGUGAUUAUAGUUUAGUGACGGGAUGACUAUAAUUUCAGUGUGCUUCUUUAUUUGUGAAAAAUGUUUGUGUCUGACAAUUUUCACUUUACAUCCGUCCGAAAAACUACGUUUAACACUACUGCUAUAUUAGCUGGUUUAUUUCCAGAUUGGAUGCUUUGAUGACAGGUUGCACGAGUCUAGCAAUCAGAAAACAAUUAUCAGUCCGGGAGAAUGGACAGAGGACCAAUGACACUGAGGGACCUAUGGACACUGCGGACACUUGUUUUUGUUGUUGUUGCUUCCCUGGUGCCCAUCCCCCUGCUCAUCAAUGGAACAGCGGAGUCGCGGUGUGCAUAUGUCAUGAUCGUAAUGGCUUUGUUGUGGAUUACGGAGGCCAUUCCUAUCCCUGUGACGUCACUGCUUCCAGUGUUCAUGUUCCCUAUGCUGGGCGUGGUUCCUGCAACUGACGUUUGUACAAAAUAUAUAAAUGAUACAUCCAUGCUAUUUAUCGGAGGCUUGGUCAUAGCUGUUGCUGUUGAGGAAGUCAAUCUACACAAGAGGAUGGCCCUAGGAAUCAUACUGGUCCUAGGUACUCAGCCAAAUAUGUUACUCCUCGGCCUUAUGCUCCCCACGUGGUUCCUAUCUAUGUGGAUAAGUAACACGGCCGCCACCUCCAUGAUGCUGCCUAUCAUUGUGGCCGUAGUUGAACAACUGAGGGACAUGAAUGUACCACACACAAAAGUUGGAAAGGAUAACUCUAGCUUUGAGCCGGAUUACAUAACACACGAAAACUGUCGUCAGGACCAGCAAACUCAAGAGGAAGUAGAAGAAACUGAAGAUGAAAAUCACAAUGAUGGGGGUACUAUGACUGACGAGCAGCUGGUGGGUAUAGGUAAGGGAUUCGCACUUUGUGUAGCGUACUCGGCAAACAUUGGAGGAAUAGCGACCCUAACCGGGACAGCGCCUAAUCUUAUUCUUCAGGGACAAGCAAACAGUUUAUAUCGGUCUAGAAAGGAAGGUGCGGACUCUGGUAUCACAUUUGCGAACUGGAUGGGGUUUGGUGUGCCACUGUCUGUUCUGCUCAUGUUCGUGGCCUGGGUGUGGCUACAGAUAUACUGCCUACGAGAUAGAUGCUGCUUACGUAUCACUGCUAUCCAGAAAGCACGUGUCAAAAUGGCGCUUAGAAACGAGUACAACAAACUAGGUCCAUUAAGUUUUCAGGAGGUAGUUGUUAUUGUCCUGUUUGCUAUACUUGUCUUACUGUGGCUGUUCCGGGAUAUUCCUAAUCUCGGUGGAUGGCGGUUCUUGUUUCCUGAUGACCCUAUCUCGGGACCUUUCGUCCGGGACUCAAGUGCCGCCAUCUUUAUUGCCGUCCUGUUGUUCAUCCUACCGUCCAACGUCCCAAGAGUGUUGUGUUGUCGACAAUACACCUGUGAAGGUAAAAUAGGCUAUCCCGAGUACAAACCAAUCCUGGACUGGAAAACUACCGCACAGAAAAUACCGUGGGGAAUUAUUGUUCUCCUGGGAGGCGGCUUCGCUCUAGCUGAUGGAAGUUCAGUGUCCGGGCUUUCUCGGUGGGUCGGUUGUCAGCUGCGCGUGUUCAACAACCUUGAACCAUGGAUCAUGAACUUAAUUCUGUGCCUGAUUGUAGCCGGAGCUACAGAAAUUACCAGCAACACAGCUACGGCAACACUUCUCAUGCCAAUAAUGGCGGAGCUGGCAAUCAACAUAGGAGAACAUCCUUUGUACCUGAUGGUAUCAUCCGCCAUUUCAUGUUCGUUCGCUUUCAUGUUACCCGUGGCUACACCUCCAAACGCCAUCGUCUUCUCCACCGGCUACCUUAGGAUAUCAGAUAUGGCUUUAGCGGGACUGUUGAUGAACAUAAUAGCAGUGGCAGCCCUCACAUUGGCCAUCAACACGUGGGGUGUUCCUCUUUUUGGUCUAGAAAGCGUACCGGAUAUAUUCAAAACUACAGCAGCUAAUACGACAUUGUGCGAUCGUACCGUAGAUGCCAUGACUGAGUCGCCAAGCUUCACGUCCACCAUGGCUUGGCCAUAGUACAUGUAGAUGUGUAGCUCAAAAUAUACCUGCCUUUCAAGGUAUGGAACUCGUUUUUACACCAGAGACUCACCGAUGUCAAGUUCUGCAGUGGAACUAUUUCAAAAAGCUAUAUGGACAUUUCUUAUGGGGUCAUGCCUACCGUGGCAAUGUUGCAUAAGUUGUCGAGUCGCGAAUGUUAAUGCCUUCGAGGUCAGGAGUCCGGCAGAGUUGUCCUGUUCAUCAAGAUCCUCAUCUAAUGGCCCAGUAGAAGCAUGUCCGAUUCACCACACUCAUUUUCUAAUGGCCCGAUAGAGACUUUCCUUGUUCACUAAGUUUCUUGUCUAAUGGCUAAGUAUAGGCAUGCCCUGUUCACCAAGCUACGUAUCUAAUGGCCCAGUAGAGACUUGCCCUGUUCACUAAACCCCUUGUCUAAUGGCCCAGUAGAGACUUGUCCUGUUCACUAAACUCCUUGUCUAAUGGCCCAGUAGAAACUUGUCCUGUUCACUAAACCCCUUCUCUAAUGGCCCAGUAGAGACUUGUCCUGUUCACUAAACCCCUUGUCUUAUGGCCCAAUAGAGACUUGUCCCGUUCACUAAACCUCUUGCCUAAUGGUCCAGUAGAGACCUGUCCCGUUCACUAAACCCCUUGUCUAAUGGCCCAGUAGAGACCUGUCCCGUUCACUAAACCUCUUGCCUAAUGGUCCAGUAGAGACUUGCCCUGUUCACUAAACCCCUUGUCUAAUGGCCCAGUAGAGACCUGUCCUGUUCACUAAACCCUUUGUCUACUGGCCCAGUAGAGACUUGUCCUGUUCACUAAACCUCUUGUCUAAUGACCCAGUAGAGACUUGUCCUGUUCACUAAACCCCUUGUCUAAUGGUCCAGUAGAGACUUGUCCCGUUCACUAAACCUCUUGUCUAAUGGCCCAGUAGAGACUUGUCCUGUUCACUGAACCCCUUGUCUAAUGGUCCAGUAGAGACCUGUACUGUUCACUAAACCCCUUGUCUAGUGGUCCAGUAGAGACCUGUCCCGUUCACUAAACCCCUUGUUUAAUGGCCCAGUAGAGACCUGUACUGUUCACUAAACCCCUUAUCUAAUGGCCCAGUAGAGACUUGGCCUAUUCACUAAACCACUGGUCUAAUGGCCCAGUAGAGACUUGUCCUGUUCACUGAACCCCUUGUCUAAUGGUCCAGUAGAGACCUGUCCUAUUCACUAAACCCCUUAUCUAAUGGCCCAGUAGAGACCUGUCCUAUUCACUAAACCCCUUGUCUAAUGGCCCAGUAGAGACCUGUCCCGUUCACUAAACCCCUUGUCUAGUGGUCCAGUAGAGACCUGUCCCGUUCACUAAACCCCUUGUUUAAUGGCCCAGUAGAGACCUGUACUGUUCACUAAACCCCUUAUCUAAUGGCCCAGUAGAGACUUGGCCUAUUCACUAAACCACUGGUCUAAUGGCCCAGUAGAGACUUGUCCUGUUCACUGAACCCCUUGUCUAAUGGUCCAUUAGAGACCUGUCCUAUUCACUAAACCCCUUAUCUAAUGGCCCAGUAGAGACCUGUCCUGUUCACUAAACCCCUUGUCUAAUGGCCCAGUAGAGACCUGUCCUAUUCACUAAACCCCUUAUCUAAUGGCCCAGUAGAGACUUGUCCCGUUCACUAAACCUCUUGUCUAAUGGCCCAGUAGAGACUUGCCCUGUUCACUAAACCCCUUGUCUAAUGGUCCAGUAGAGACCUGUCCCGUUCACUAAACCCCAUGUCUAAUGGUCCAGUAGAGACUUGUCCUGUUCACUAAACCCCCUUAUCUAAUGGCCCAGUAGAGACUUGUCCUGUUCACUGAACCCCUUGUCUAAUGGCCCAGUAGAGACCUGUCCUAUUCACUAAACCCCUUGUCAAAUGGACCAGUAGAGACUUGCUCUGUUCACUAAACCUCUUGUCUAAUGGCCCAGUAGAGACUUGUCCUGUUCACUAAACCCCCUUAUCUAAUGGCCCAGUAGAGACUUGUCCUGUUCACUAAACCCCUUGUCUAAUGGCCCAGUAGAGACUUGUCCUGUUCACUAAACCCCUUAUCUAAUGGCCCAGUAGAGACCUGUCCUGUUCACUAAACCCCUUGUCUAAUGGCCCAGUAGAGACUUGUCCUGUUCACUAAUCCCCUUGUCUAAUGGCCCAGUAGAGACCUGUCCUGUUCACUAAACCCCCUUAUCUAAUGGCCCAGUAGAGACUUGUCCUGUUCACUAAACCCUUUGUCUAAUGGCCCAGUAGCGACUUGUCCUGUUCACUAAACCCCUUAUCUAAUGGCCCAGUAGAGACUUGUCCCGUUCACUAAACACCUUAUCUAAUGGUCCAGUAGAGACCUGUCCUGUUCACUAAACCCCUUGUCUAAUGGCCCAGUAGAGACUUGUCCCGUUCACUAAACCCCUUAUCUAAUGGCCCAGUAGAGACUUGUCCUGUUCACUAAACCCCUUAUUUAAUGGCCCAGUAGAGACUAGUCCUGUUCACUAAACCCCCUUAUCUAAUGAUCCAGUAGAGACUUGUCCUGUUCUCACUAAACCCCUUAUCUAAUGACCCAGUACAUAUACGUAGAUUUGCCCUUUCCCCAUGCGUCGUGUUAGAUUGUAGUCUACCCUUAACGGUCAUAGAUCCACUCGCACUCUGCACCAGACUCAGAGUGAUUUUAAACAGUUGAACCACGUCAUGGUAAUCGACUGUACAUAAUGAACGUUCACAUUCAGCUGGCAUCGCUACUUCGUGUACAAGUCAGUAUUGAGAUAAAUACAAAUGGAUUGCUAAUGUAAGGGAAAAGUCUCGUAUAACGAUGACAAUCAUUUUCCCUGUUAUUUUGUUAAUUUCUAAUUUGUUUUUGUUAAAACAAAGAAUUCUUUUAAGAUAAUGAUUUGUACAAGAAUGUUAAGAUGUGAUAUUUUCAUUACUAAUCCUUUGAAACAUUUCGAUAAAACUAUUUAUAAAUUAUUACAUCUGAAACAAUACUGAAUAAUUAGGUAAUUAUU